GGGCGUCUGCAGCAGCGGCCGCGGUGGCGGAGGAGGCCGGAGCGCAGUCGGCGGUGCGAUCCGCAGCAGCAGCAGCACCAGCAGGCACAGCAGUAGGCGCAGCAGCCGCGAGCCCCGCGUUCCGCCCCGGCAGCCGCGCUCCCCGCCGCCUGCCCAGCUCUCCCUCCGCCGGCGCCCCGGGCCGCGCUCCGCCUCGGCCUCCCGCGCCCGCCGCAGCCCCCGCCGCAACGCCACCCGCAGCCCGCGCCGCAGCCGCCCCGGGCCGCGUCCCCGCGCCGACGCCCUGGAGGUGGGGAUGCUUCUGUCCAAGAUCAACUCGCUUGCCCACCUGCGUGCCGCGCCCUGCGGCGACCUGCACGCCACCAAGCUGGCUCCCGGCAAGGACAAGGAGCCCCUGGAGUCGCAGUACCAGGUGGGCCCGCUCCUGGGCAGCGGUGGCUUCGGCUCGGUGUACUCAGGCGUCCGCGUCGCCGACAACUUGCCGGUGGCCAUCAAGCACGUGGAGAAGGACCGGAUCUCUGACUGGGGCGAGUUGCCCAAUGGCACCCGGGUGCCCAUGGAAGUGGUCCUGUUGAAGAAGGUGAGCUCGGGCUUCUCCGGCGUCAUCCGGCUUCUCGACUGGUUCGAGAGGCCCGACAGUUUUGUGCUGAUCUUGGAGAGGCCGGAGCCGGUACAAGACCUCUUCGACUUUAUCACGGAGAGGGGAGCCCUCCAGGAGGAGCUGGCGCGCAGCUUCUUCGGGCAGGUGCUGGAGGCCGUGCGCCACUGCCACGACUGCGGGGUGCUGCAUCGCGACAUCAAGGACGAAAACAUCCUCAUCGACCUCAGCCGCGGCGAGCUCAAGCUCAUCGACUUCGGGUCGGGGGCGCUGCUCAAGGAUACCGUCUACACCGACUUCGAUGGGACCCGGGUGUACAGCCCUCCUGAGUGGAUCCGCUACCACCGCUACCAUGGCAGGUCUGCUGCCGUGUGGUCUCUGGGGAUCCUGCUCUACGACAUGGUGUGUGGUGACAUCCCCUUCGAGCACGACGAGGAGAUCGUCCGGGGCCAGGUCUUCUUCCGACAGCGGGUCUCCUCAGAGUGUCAGCAUCUCAUCCGCUGGUGCCUGGCCCUGAGGCCCUCUGAUCGGCCGACUUUCGAGGAAAUCCAGAAUCACCCAUGGAUGCAGGCCGGGCUGCUGCCCCAGGAGACCGCCGAGAUCCACCUGCACACCCUGUCUCCGGGGACCAGCAAAUAGCAACCUUCUUUGCGCCAGGCCCGCCCUCCCCGCCGGGCUGCCAGGGGGGGGGAACCCCCCUCAGUGAUUCCCAGGACAGUGCCGGACAGGAACAACGAUUCUCAACUCAUUCCAGACUCCAGGGCCCUGGGUCCCUUCCUGGCCCACUUGGCCCCUGCCUGUGUAGACGCGUCCUCCCUGGGCUCCAGGGGCUGCUGGGAGACCAGCAGGGGUGGGGCCCUGCCUGGCGCUGUCCCCUUCUGAACUCCAGGUGGGUCUGGUGGAAAGCGGGCGGGGGCGGGGUAUAGACUAGCAUCAUUUGAAGUCCCUGUCACCUCUUCCGACUCUUUCGAGUGCCUUUUGCGGGGACUCCGGCUGUGCUGGGAGAAAUACUUGAACUUGCCUCUUAUCUGCUGCUUCCCCCAAAAUCUGCCUGGGUUGGGUCCCCGUUCCCACCCCUCCUCCAUAGGAAAGGUGCCAAGGAAGAGGCCAGGGGGCCACCGCUGAGCCGCACCCUGCUUUCUGCCUCCUUUAGUAAAACUCCAGUGAACCCGUCUUCCUCUUUGGUUUCUACGUAACCUGUUUCCAAGCCAGGGCCUUGCGCGCGCGCACACAUGCACACACACACACACAAUGCACGAACAAUGCAAACGGAACCGCUGUAAAUGUGUGUACAGUAGGCAUGGUAGUAUACAAAAGGAUCAUAGUUGAUCUAAUUUUUUUUAAUCUUUUUAAGUUAUUUUACUUUUUUUUUUUCCAUUUCAAUUUUGUUGUUUGGAAAGAUGCUCAUUCUAACCCGGAUGGAGGGUGAUGUUAUGUAUUUAUUUAUUUAUUUAUUUGGUUACCUUCCUGCUCUGAGCUCCCACAGCUGCUGUGCUAGUUUUUUUUUUUUUUUGGGGGGGGGGUUUUGUUUUCUUCCCUUCUUUCCUCCUCUGACUUGGGGACCUCUUGGGGAGGGCUGUGACGCUUGCCGUGCGUGGGGUGAUGGGACCCAGGUGGGGGACAGCCAACACAGCUGACUUGUAUAUAGGACGGAGGUCGGGACCGGCUCUGGAUGGCAUGUGCCUUGGGUCCUCCCUGGGGCUGUUUCAAGCAGCGUGUGGCCUGCUGGUUUUAUCUGAGUGAAAUACUGUACAGGGGAAUAAAAGAGAUCUUGUUAUUUUUUUUUUUAUACUUGGCAUUUUUUGAAUAAAAACCUUUUGUCUUAA